CCGGAAGCGCCCGCGGGGACGGAAGCGAUGGCGGCGUUGGCGGCGCAGCGGCCGGGCCUGCGGGCGGCGUGCGCGGGCCUGGCCCCGGCCCGCGCUGCCCGGAGGAGCGUCCUUGGGGUCCCCCUGCGCCCAGGAGUGGCCUGGAGGCCAAGCAGAUGUGGCAGUUCUGCAGCAGAAGCACCUGCCACAAAAGCAGAAGAGGAUUCCUUUCUCCAGUGGUUCCUGCUUCUCAUCCCCGUGACUGCCUUUGGCUUGGGGACAUGGCAGGUCCAGCGUCGGAAGUGGAAGCUGAACCUGAUUGCAGAGUUAGAGUCUCGAGUUCUGGCUGAGCCCAUCCCUCUGCCAGCAGACCCAGUGGAACUGAAGGCGCUGGAGUACAGGCCAGUGAAGGUCAGAGGGCAUUUUGACCACUCCAAGGAGCUGUACAUGAUGCCCCGGACCAUGGUGGACCCUGCCCGAGAGGCCCGGGAGGCCGGCCGGAUCUCCUCCUCAGCUGAGAGCGGGGCCCAUGUCAUCACUCCCUUCCACUGCCCUGACCUGGGAACCACAAUCCUGGUCAAUAGAGGGUUUGUCCCCAGGAAGAAAGUAAAUCCCGACACCCGAAGAAAAGGCCAGAUUGAGGGAGAAGUGGACCUCGUUGGGAUGGUCAGGCUGACAGAAACCAGGAAGCCCUUUGUCCCUGAGAACAAUCCAGAAGGGAACCACUGGUAUUACCGAGACCUGGAGGCCAUGGCCAAGAUCACAGGUGCAGACCCCAUUUUCAUCGAUGCCGACUUCGAGAGCACAGUCCCUGGAGGACCCAUUGGAGGGCAGACUAGAGUCACAGUGAGGAAUGAGCACAUGCAGUACAUCAUUACCUGGUACGGACUCUGUGCAGCCACCUCAUACCUGUGGUUUAAGAAAUUUCUGCGUCGGACACCUGGUGCUUGACGAGAUGACAUGACACGGCCCUGUCCACAAAUAACUAGGAAGUCUCUGAACAAACAAAACCGACGGGACUUAUCCUGGACCAUGCACUGCUGAUAUAAAUAAAAAAGUCCUGAGCCUC